GGGCUGGGGACUGUUUUGGGCCUUUUGGGCUGGAAGUCCAAAAUCUUGGGCUGGAUCGAGCUGAUAGUCUCCGUUCUCCCCUAACAAAAUGAAUGAAGCGUCUGAGGCUGGGUCUCUUAAUUCUGAGAGCUUCUUCUAAAAUUCUCCAUACAAAUUUGAUUUCGUGGGAUAAUAAUGGCAGCUAUUGCUUCAAUUCGAGAAAUCACCCACAAAUUUCCGUCCGCUAUCAAAAGGAAUUCUUUACUCAGAUUCUGUUGUUCUGAUCAAAAUGAGUCCUUUUUGUCUAAACAAUACCGUAGUUGCAUCACAUUUGCAAACCAGAAAAGCUACAGGGCUGUGAGGCCUUCAUUACAUGCACCAUUUGUAGCCUCUCAUUUUGAUUUUUCAUUGCUAUUGAAACCAAAUGUGUUUCAGCAUCAGAACAUUCUUUGCAAAUGGCUGCAUGCGAGAUAUAUGAGUAAUGCAUCAAUUAAGCUGAAAACAGAUGAGGAUGUUAUCAGGUUUUCUUUUAGUAAGCCACUCGGUAGAUAUGUUUCUGCAAAUAGGAAGGGGUCAACCAAACGACAAAAAAUGUCUAAAAAGGCAAAACUGAAUGAACUUCGUUUUUAUCGUCUAAAGGCCCAAAAGAAGAUGAAUUCGCCAAACCCGGAAGUUAGGAUUAGAUAUAAACUUGAGAAGGCCAAAAGAAAAGAAGCAUGGUUGAUUGAAAAGUUGAGAAAAUAUGAGGUUCCCAAGGCCCCAGCUGAAGCAUAUGAUCCUGAAAUUUUAACUGAGGAAGAGAGACACUACCUAAAGCGUACUGGUGAGAAGAAAAAGAAUUAUGUUCAAGUUGGAAGACGAGGAGUAUUUGGAGGUGUUGUUCUCAAUAUGCAUCUCCAUUGGAAGAAACACGAAACUGUGAAGGUCACUUGCAAGCCUUGCAAGCCAGGGCAGGUUCAUCUAUAUGCGGAGGAACUUGCUCGACUUAGCAAAGGCAUUGUGAUUGACAUCAAACCUAACAAUACUAUAAUAUUCUACCGAGGAAAGAAUUAUGUGCAACCAAAAAUUAUGUCUCCACCAGAUACCCUAUCUAAAAACAAAGCUUUGGAAAAAUACAAGUACGAACAAUCCCUUGAUCAUACAAGUGAGUUCAUUGAAAAGUUGGAGAAGGAGCUUGAAGAGUAUCUUGAGCAUAAAGCUCGGUAUAAGAAAGCAAAAGGGGGUGCACCACAAGAUUUCCUGGACGACAAUAGAUGCAACUCAACUUUGAGUUAAAUAAUCAUCUUUUUGACUAGAUGGUACUGUGGCCGAAAGGACGUUUGUGUUUUAUUUGGUUUAAGGAGAUCAGAUACAUUACACGUGCUAAACAUUUGGUCAACUACAUCAAAUUCAUGCGAAAGUCCAGGCAUGGAAUAAGCAUGAUCUGGCUUCGUCUCAGCUUCCAUUGCAUUGCCAUUGGCACUAUAUCUAAUGAUAAUUGCUUGACACAUCACUUUAUCGGGGAACCCGCCAUUUGUAUCUGUACUGCUUUCAGAUGUUCUAACAACUAGAUUUCUGCCAGGGGUAGUGAAAAGCCCCGUCAUAUCAGACAGCUGGGAACCUCCCUUCCGACCCACUGUUUAUUCAUUGUAUACAAAUGGAAUGAACAAUGUAAAGUAACAAUUUAGUAUCAAGUUUAUUAAAAAAAUUCCUUAGUUGCUGUAGAUGGCAACACUGUCAA